ACACACACACACACACACACACACACACAAACAUAUAUAGACACGAUUAAAUGAAACCGAGAAGAGGCAGCUAAGACAGACAGGAAGCAUAUCAGCAUAUAUAAUGGACUAAAAAAAGGAGCCUCACUAGAGAAAUCAAACACGAGUGACAUUCCUGUGAGAGAAAAGUUGCGUCUCAAAGGAGAGCAGGAGACGGGGGCAAAGAUGAAAAAGUCAGAGAUGUUUGGUAUUGAGCUGGAGACAGACGACAGAACGGAGGAAGAGAAAGCGCGACAUAAAGCAUCAAAGAAAGAUGGAGUGGCCUCUGCGCUUGGUUUUGGCUCAGAGGCACCCAAGGCUCCCAUGGACUCUGAUUACCAGGAGGAAAUGGAGAAGCCCGAACCUCAAAUCAGAUUUAACCUCAACUUUGACAAAGAUAACCGAAGUGCGGGUGCGAGCAGCAGCAAGAGAGUCAGUAAGACAUUUAACAGAGAUAGACUGUUUGAAGCCGCGGCCAGCAGAGAUGCCAGACAGCUGGACGGUCUGUACCUGUACCUGCACCAGAACAUGAAGAAACUCUCCGACUCUUUGUAUCAGUCCUAUGGUAAAACAGCCCUGAUGAAGGCUCUGCUGCACCUCAAAGACAGCAAGAACGAGACAGUGGAGCUGAUGGUCGACAUUUCAGAGAAGAUAGGCGAUGUCAAGGAGUUUGUGAACGCAGCCUACACCAACGAGUACUACAAAGGUCAGACAGCUCUGCACAUAGCCAUCGAGAGGAGGAGUCUUUCCUACGUGAAGCUGCUGGUCAGCAAAGGAGCAGAUGUUCACGCCCAAGCCUGCGGGACAUUCUUCCAGCCACACAAUGGACCAAACUUUUAUUUUGGUGAGCUGCCUCUGUCUCUGGCAGCCAGCACCAACCAGCCUGAGUGUGUUGACUUCCUCAUGGGGAACGAGUACCAACGAGCGAACGCCACGAUGAAGGACUCUUUUGGAAACACGGUGUUGCACGCCCUGGUGGUGGUGGCUGACAACUCUGAAGAAAACACAGAGUUCAUCACAAGCAUGUACGACCAUAUCCUCAAGACAGCUGCCCAAUUUUACCCAAAGCUAAAGCUAGAGGAUGUCACCAACAAGAAGGGGCUCACACCUCUCAAAAUGGCUGCAAAGACUGGAAAGAUUGGGAUUUUCUCACACAUUCUGAAAAGGGAAUUCCACGAAGGUCCUACCAAACAUUUGUCCAGAAAGUUCACUGAGUGGGUUUACGGGCCAGUCACCUCCUCCCUGUAUGACCUGGCCUGUGUGGACUCCUAUGAGGACAACUCAGUGAUGGAGAUACUGGUCUAUGGCAGCGGCAUUCCUAACCGUCACCAGAUGCUGCAGAGAGAGCCUCUCAGUCAGCUGCUGGAUUUAAAGUGGAAAAAAUUUGCGGGUGGCAUGUUUAUUUUCAACUUUGUAGUCUACCUCCUGUACCUGCUCAUCUUCACUGUGGUAGCCUACAAUAAGAAAUCUGAUGAUAAGCUGCCGUUCCCCAUAGAACACAACAUGAAGGGUUACCUGUACCUUUCUGGCCAGUUGGUGGUAGCUCUGGCCAACAUAUAUUUCUUUCUAAUAGGGAUCAUUGACAUGUGGAGGAAACGGCCUAAGCUGGAUACGUUGCUGAUUGAUGGUUAUUAUGAGAUUCUGUUUCUUGUGCAGGGCGCCCUUUACAUGAUUGCAGCCGCCCUGUAUCUGUUCGGGUCGAAGAAGUACCUCGGCUUCCUGGUGCUGUGUCUUGCUCUCAGCUGGGUCAACAUGCUCUACUUCUCCAGAGGCGACAGACACAUGGGCAUUUAUAGCAUCAUGAUACAGAAGAUGAUCCUCAGUGACAUCCUGCGGUUUCUCUUUGUCUACAUCGUCUUCCUCUUUGGCUUUUCAGCAGCGGUGGUCACCCUGCUCAUAGAGCCUCCUGAGAAAGAAAACAUCACAAAGACCCGUCUUUUCCGUCCACUCGAUGACGGUGAGCUCUGCGUAGAACCAUCCUUCGCCAACAUCUCCUUCACCACGCUACAGCUCUUCAAGUUCACCAUUGGCAUGGGUGACAUGGAGUUCAUCCAGCAAUACGAGUACAGAGAAGUCUUCUACAUGCUCCUCAUCAGCUACAUCAUCCUCACCUACAUCCUGCUGCUCAACAUGCUCAUCGCCCUCAUGAACCGCACUGUGGAGAGGACCACCAUGGAGAGCGCCAGCAUCUGGAAGCUGCAGAGGGCCAUCACCAUCCUGGACAUGGAGAAGAGGCUGCCAUGGUUUGUGAGGAAAAAGCUUCGCUGUGGGGUGGAUAAGAACCUAGGGGUUUAUCUUGGAGAUGAUCGUCGCCGCUGUUUCAGAGUGGAGGAAGUCAACUGGAACAAAUGGAACAGCAACCUGGGCAAAAUCAAUGAGGAUCCGGGGUGCUGUGAUCAGGCACAGCAGCCCGCCUCAGACACAGGGCAGGGCGGACCACACCGAGGGAGGAGCUUUAGAGGCUUCUUCACGAAUAGUCGACGGUGGCGGACCACAUACCAGAGCACAGAGAUGGACCCUCUGAACAGCACAUCAGUCUGAUGCACAACAAAGUGUUUCACUCUUUCUUCUCUGACAGCUGGAUCAGAGCAACGAGGCAUUCAAAGACGGUUUUAGUUUCAGGUCCCACAGUAAUGUAACUGCCAACAUCUUUAACUGCCUUUCUAACUGACUGACUCUGAUGUCAGCUGGAUUUUAAGCUUGGAGGCAACAUUUUAGGGAGAUUUUGUAUAUUUUUUCUGACAAAUUUAAUGGUGCAAAAAAGUUGAAUUAGUCAAAGCUGAAUGCUGCUGAUUGAUUGCAGAGUAAAUCCUGCACUUAACAAAUACAUGCCAUCCAAAGGCUUCUGCACAUGCUGUUCCUGCCACCACCAGAACAGGAAGCACAUCCUCUCUGCACAAAGGCCAUCACCUGCCGGCACCUCUGGCAUCAUUCAAAAUCCUUCAUGGAGAAGUGCUGAUCACCGAGGUGCUGAUCCUCCUCUCCUGCUGUGUGCCCUUUAUACAUGUCCCAUUUUCAUCACAGCCAGACAAGCUAAACCCUCUGCACACAGAUAGUCCUGCAGAUUUCACAGCUUGCUUUGUCUACCAUACUUCCUGUUUUUAUUCAGCAGAUUGCUGAAUUGAUUAAUAGCAUGAAAUGAUCACCUUCUGUACUACCUGUUGUAGAAACAAUUAAGGGAGAAGCAGCCAAGUCUUGUUCCCCCACUCAGUAACCUGCUAGAUUGAUGCCUCUCAUAAUGCACAGGUUCAUUUAAUAGAGGAAAAAUCUUCUUUUGGGUACGUAGAUUAAAAAUGUGUUACACUGACCUUAAAUGUUAAACAUCAUGCAUGUAUUUUAUUAAUAAAUCAAACAAAUUAGUCAGAUGACUUUGCCCCACGAUUAUGCCUUCUUGGGACACACAUUGCAGAUGAGGUGUAACAGGUGUAAAUGUCCCACCUAGCAAUGGCAAUAUGUAAAAGCCUGAUGUUUUGUCAAGGCCAAUAGCGAAUAUUUGAAUAUGUUUUCUGAACAGAAAAUAAAUGUGUGAUAAAGUGCAGACUUUUAGGACAGCAUACUUUUCGAGACAUAAAGCACGACUUACUUUGUUAAUGUUGUUCAAAUGUUACUGCUGUCUUUGGUUUGAGGUUGAUUGUUAUGUCUGAUUUUAUCCAUUCAAAGCUCGAAUGAGGAACUUUUGGUUUGUAGAGGGCAGGGUCUUUUUAGUAGCAUGGUGUGGCUUGAGGUCUCAAUUAGAAGCUUGAACACAUUGUUUAUCUUGCUGUCUGUGCAAUAAAGGCAAGAUUUUGUUACUUACAUAAAGAAGCUUAAAGCUUAUGACCUAGAAAAGCAAACAAGACCAUCAACAUGAAGA